GAGCUGAUGUGUCAAGCCUUCGUGAUGGAAUCCCAACUGAUUGUCGUCAACUUGCAUUCUAGAAAAAGCAUCAAAGUGACGGGGAAAGUCCACUCAGAGGCAAAGAGCUUUGCCCUCAACUUGGGCUCAGAUGGCUCGAACUUACUGCUUCACUUCAAUCCUCGCUUCGACAACCAAGGGGACUUCAGAACCAUCGUGUGUAACUCUAGGCAAGAUAGAGAGUGGGGCGAGGCGCAGCGGGAUGAUCGGUUCCCCUUCCAGCAGGGAGAAGAGGCCAUGAUCUGGAUCUCCUUUGAUGCCAAAAAUAUGACAGUGAAAAUGUCUGAAGAGCAUGAGAUCAAGUUCCCCAACCGCCUUGGGCUGGAGCGCAUAGAAUUCCUCUCAGUGGAUGGUGACUUCAAGGUCCAGUCUAUCAAGAUUGACUGACUUCCUUUGUGCUAGCCUCUCACUCUGUCCUGAUAGGAGAAUUGAGUCUGCAAAUAAAUUCAC